CUCGUCAGUUGUCAACCAGUUCACAAGACGUUAAAUCUCGUCAAUGGUGAACCAGGUCACAAAGAAGCACACCUCGUCAGUGGUGAACCAGGUCACAAAAAAGCACACCACGUCAGUGAUGAACCAGGUCACAGGACAGCACACCACGUCAGUGGUGAAUCAGGUCAUAGGAAAGCACACCACGUCAGCGAUGAACCAGGUCACAGGAAAGCUCACCACGUCAGUGAUGAACCAGGUCACAGGAAAGCACACCACGUCAGUGGUGAACCAGGUCACAUGAAAGCUCACCGUGUCAGUGAUGAACCAGGUCACAGGAAAGCUCACCACGUCAGUGAUGCACCAGGUCACAGGGAAGCACACCACGUCAGUGAUGAACCAGGUCACAGGAAAGCACACCACGUUAGUGGUGAACCGGGUCACAGGAAAGCUCACCACGUCAUUGAUGAACCAGGUCACGGGAAAGCUCACCACGUCAGUGGUGAACCAGGUCACAGGAAAGCACACCACGUCAAUGGUGAACCAGGUCACAGGAAAGCACACCAGAUCAGGGGUGAACCAGGUCACAUGAUAGCACACAAAGUCAGUAGUGAACCAGGUCACAUGACAGCACACCAAGUCAGUGGUGAACCAGGUCACAUGACAGCACACCACGUCAGUGGUGAACCAGGUCACAUGACAGCACACCAAGUCAGUGGUGAACCAAGUCACAUGACAGCACACCCAGUCAGUGGUGAACCAGGUCACAUGACAUCACACGUCAGUGGUGAACCAGGUCACAUGACAGCACACCACGUCAUUGGUGAACCAAGUCAUGUGCAGAAAUGA